AUGGAACAGCAUGACUCGCCCAUGUUGUGUGAUAGCUCAAGUAGUAAGAGCGAAAACUCUGCUGAAAAAGGCAUGAUAGAACCAUCCUCUUUUGAUUCUCUUCAUUCGGAUCUAAGUGAUCCUAUCAAAGGCUUUAAUAAGGUGAAAAGACAAGGUUCAAGAAGUUCAAUAGGAGAACAACCAGAAUCCAAUAGUUGGUUGCAACAUAGAAAACACUUUUUUAUUCUUAGUAACUCAGGAAAGCCAGUAUGGACAAGGUACGGAGAUGAGUCCAGACUAUCCUCCUUAAUGGGAGUUGUCCAAGCCAUCAUCUCGUUUUUUCAAGAUAGUGACGAUACCAUCAAGACGAUACACGCUGGUGAACAUAGCUUUGUGUUUCUAUUAAAGGAACCUCUUUACUAUGUCUGCGUUUCAAGAACAGGCGAAUCAGAUAGUCAAUUACGUGAUCAGUUACUUUAUCUACACAAUCAAAUACUCAGUGUGCUCACAAAUGUACAGCUGACAAAGAUAUUUGAGCAAAGGGUCAAUUUUGAUCUAAGACGGCUACUGGGAGGCACCGAGAUAUUUUUAGACAGCCUGUCAACAUCGUUUAGUCAUGAUCAUAGUUUUAUGUUAAGUGCCCUACAAUGCCUUCGUGUGAAUAAAUCAAUAAGAGAUCAAGUGGGAUCAAUAUUAGCAGAAGGCAAAGUCAAGAAUAUGUUGUAUGCUCUCAUCGUGUCAAAAGGCCGACUGGUUACACUCUUACGACCGAGGAAAAAUAGCUUACAUCCGUCUGACCUUCUUUUACUCUUCAACAUGCUGAAUGGAUCCAGUACGUUUCAUACAGCUGAGUCAUGGACACCACUCUGCUUGCCCAAGUUUAACUCGAAAGGGUUUCUGCAUGCAUAUAUCUGUUAUAUCGAAAAGGAUACGUCGAUUGUGGUGAUCAGUAUGGAUAAAGGCAACUUUUUUGAGAUAAGUGAGUGGAAGACAAAGAUAGUUGAUUUGUUACAGAAACAGGAUGUUUUAGCAAACAUCAAGCAAGGAGGAUACACAGUAGAGGACACACAAGUACCUUCGUUGCUUCACUUUAUAUAUAAAUCCAAGGUUCAGGUGCAGUUUACAACACCAGAAUUAAGCGGAAUAUAUCUUGAAGAUGAAAAUAAAAAGAGAUUACAUAGACUGUAUCAGCAUUUACAUGAUAGAAUGCAUCAUAGAGCAAGACCACUCAAGUUGUACUAUAUGAAUGGCGAGAAAGAAACGCUUUUGGGAUGGAUUACUUCCUCAUUUGAACUCUAUGUCGUAUUCCCGAGUGAUACUCCCAAACAGCUGAUCAUUUCAAGCUCAAAUCAGUUAUUAAGAUGGAUCAAAAAGAACGAAGAUAAUCUUUUUAUUCUAAAUUCACCUAUAUUUUAA